GCCAAGGAUAACUGAGAAUGUAAGGGCAGCCCUUGAUUCUGCAGCUUGAACCGGCUGUGUGCUAAAUGCAACUCCCAAACAUGCCCUAUAAAUAGCCGUUCAUUGUCAGCCUGUGUGAAAAGACAAGAGUGAGUGUGUGGUGCUAUGAUUCAGGCCUAAUUAAGCGGUUGCGUCUGCGCAGGACUAUAAGCGACUAGCUGCUCCGAUUUAUAAUCUAGUCAGGAGACAACUGCGAGGGUUCGCCGCCGACUGGACGUAGACUGAAGGGGAGCUGUUCCAUGCUGUUUCUGCCGCCACGAUGGCAAAAAUCAUUCUGAGGCACCUCAUAGAGACUCCAGUGCGUUACGAGGAGGAGUUUGAAGCUCGCGGUUUGGAAGACUGCAGGCUGGAUCAUGCUUUAUAUGCGCUGCCCGGGCCAACCACCGUGGACCUGGGAAAAGCCAGGGCGGCCCAGGCUCCUGCAGUGGACUCAGCGGCAGAGAGGCCGCCCCAAGCAGGCAAAUCCCGCUUCCAGAUCCUGCUGGACGUGGUCCAGUUCCUCCCCGAAGAUAUCAUCAUUCAGACCUUUGAAGGCUGGCUGCUGAUUAAGGCUCAGCAUGGAAGCAGAAUGGACGAGCAUGGUUUCAUCUCAAGAAGCUUCACUCGGCAGUACAAACUGCCAGAUGGCGUUGAAACCAAAGAUUUGUCCGCGAUCCUCUGUCACGAUGGGAUUCUGGUGGUGGAAGUAAAGGAUCCAGUUGAGACUCAGUGAAAUCUUAUUGGUUCCUGUUCACAGCACACGAGGAAGAUUACAGUUCAGCCAAUGAAUGGUACCACGGGCAUGUUUGUAUUACCCCCGUUUGAAAUGAUUUUUAUGAACAUUAAAAAUAUAGACAUAGUUCCUGGUAUGUUGAGGCUGUCUUUGUUAUUCUUACUCAGAAAGGAAAAUUGUUAAAUAUGUUCCUACAGCUCACUGUGAUGCUAGUCUGACAUCUGAAACAUUGACAAUUUGGGAGACUAGUUUGAUACUAGAGAGAACUCAGAAUGAUUUUUCAUUAUUCCAACAAUGCCAGAGAAGCUGCAUUUGUAAUAACUGUGGCAAAAAAGCCAUACUAAUUUAAGGAAUUCUCAUCCAUUUUAUGACAACUUUUUAUAUUGCUAAAAAGAGUUGUGAUCCCCUCCCCUUGAUAAACUUUUCAGUGUAUUUUAAUUACAGUGGAGCUUUGUAAAUAUAGAGUCUGCAGGUUAAAAUACAGUACUUGGAAACCGGGUCUGAAAUAUAUUUAUGAUUCACUACAGUUGUUACUGCCUUAAACUUACGUUGGAAUUUGCAGAUAUAAAUCUUAUUUUUUAAAAGUUCCAAAUAUGUACCUCAUUCUUUUUUUGUUGUUGGUUUUUAGCUAAACUGAAUGUUAUCCGCAGUGUUUUU